GGGGGUCAUGAAUCAGACGGACGCUCCCCGGCCGCUCAACUGGACCAUACGGAAACUGUGCCAUGCCGCCUUCCUGCCGUCCGUCCGGCUGCUCAAGGCACAGAAAUCAUGGAUAGAAAGAGCUUUUUACAAGAGGGAAUGUGUUCAUAUCAUACCCAGCGCCAAAGACCCCCAUAGGUGUUGCUGUGGGCGUCUAAUAGGUCAACAUGUUGGACUCACUCCAAGUAUCUCCGUUAUCCAGAAUGAGAAAAAUGAGAGCAGGCUUACUCGCAAUGACAUCCAGUCAGAGAAGUGGUCCAUCAGCAAGCACACGCAGCUCAGCCCAACGGAUGCUUUUGGAACCAUUGAGUUCCAAGGAGGAGGCCACUCCAAUAAAGCCAUGUAUGUACGUGUGUCUUUUGACACAAAACCUGACCUUCUUCUGCACCUGAUGACCAAAGAGUGGCAGCUUGAGCUCCCAAAACUUCUCAUCUCUGUGCAUGGGGGCCUUCAGAAUUUUGAACUUCAACCAAAGCUCAAGCAAGUCUUUGGGAAAGGCCUCAUUAAGGCUGCUAUGACAACUGGAGCGUGGAUAUUCACUGGAGGAGUAAACACAGGAGUCAUUCGACAUGUUGGAGAUGCACUGAAAGAUCAUGCCUCAAAAUCCCGAGGGAAGAUCUGCACCAUUGGUAUAGCUCCCUGGGGGAUCGUGGAAAAUCAAGAGGAUCUGAUUGGCAAAGAUGUGGUCCGACCAUACCAGACAAUGUCCAAUCCUAUGAGUAAGUUGACAGUACUCAACAGUAUGCAUUCACAUUUCAUUUUGGCUGACAAUGGCACUACUGGCAAAUAUGGAGCAGAGGUGAAACUUCGUAGACAGCUGGAAAAGCACAUUUCACUUCAGAAGAUAAAUACACGAAUUGGUCAAGGAGUUCCAGUGGUGGCCCUCAUUGUGGAAGGAGGUCCCAAUGUUAUCUCUAUCGUUCUGGAGUACCUGCGAGACACUCCUCCUGUUCCUGUUGUGAUAUGUGAUGGCAGUGGUCGGGCAUCUGACAUACUUGCCUUUGGUCACAAAUACUCUGAAGAAGGAGGACUUAUUAAUGAAUCUUUGCGGGACCAGUUGCUAGUUACCAUCCAGAAGACUUUCACAUACACUCGAACCCAGGCACAGCACCUCUUCAUUAUCCUCAUGGAGUGCAUGAAGAAGAAGGAGCUGAUCACAGUAUUUCGCAUGGGAUCAGAAGGACACCAGGAUAUUGAUUUAGCUAUCCUUACAGCAUUACUGAAAGGAGCUAACGCAUCUGCUCCCGACCAGCUGAGCCUGGCUUUAGCCUGGAACAGAGUAGACAUCGCUCGCAGUCAGAUCUUUAUUUACGGGCAGCAGUGGCCGGUGGGCUCCCUUGAGCAAGCAAUGCUGGAUGCACUGGUGUUGGACAGAGUGGAUUUUGUGAAAUUACUCAUAGAAAAUGGAGUAAGCAUGCAUCGUUUUCUCACCAUCUCCCGGCUAGAGGAAUUGUACAAUACGAGACAUGGACCAUCCAACACUUUAUAUCAUCUAGUCAGGGAUGUCAAAAAGCGAGAAUAUCCAGGUUUCGGUUGGAUCUAUUUUAAGGGAAAUUUACCUCCUGAUUAUCGAAUAAGCCUGAUUGAUAUUGGUUUGGUGAUAGAGUACCUGAUGGGAGGAGCAUAUCGCUGCAAUUAUACCCGAAAGCGAUUCAGAACGCUGUACCACAAUUUAUUUGGGCCUAAGAGGCCAAAAGCCCUGAAACUGCUGGGAAUGGAGGACGAUGUCCCUUUACGACGAGGGAGGAAAACAACUAAGAAAAGAGAAGAAGAAGUUGAUAUUGAUUUGGAUGACCCUGAGAUAAAUCAUUUUCCCUUUCCGUUCCACGAGCUGAUGGUGUGGGCAGUGCUUAUGAAGCGCCAGAAGAUGGCUCUCUUCUUUUGGCAGCAUGGAGAGGAGGCUAUGGCUAAAGCACUGGUGGCCUGCAAACUCUGCAAAGCCAUGGCCCAUGAAGCAUCAGAAAAUGACAUGGUGGAUGACAUAUCCCAAGAGCUGAACCACAAUUCGAGGGACUUUGGCCAAUUGGCAGUGGAGCUGUUGGACCAGUCAUACAAACAGGACGAGCAACUGGCAAUGAAACUGCUGACCUACGAGCUGAAGAACUGGAGCAACGCCACAUGCCUGCAGCUCGCAGUGGCUGCUAAGCACAGAGACUUCAUUGCUCACACUUGUAGCCAAAUGCUGCUCACAGACAUGUGGAUGGGUCGUCUCCGGAUGCGCAAAAAUUCUGGCCUAAAGGUAAUUCUAGGAAUUCUACUUCCUCCUUCAAUCCUCAGCUUGGAGUUCAAGAACAAAGAUGAUAUGCCUUACAUGUCUCAGGCCAACGAGAUCCAUCUUCAGGAGAAGGAGCCAGAGGAACCAGAAAAACCAGUGAAAGAAAAAGAGGAAGAGGACAUGGAGCUCACAGCAAACAGCCGGAGCUGCCCUCAGGAGCCUGCCUGCAGGCAGGCAGAAGGACCUGUCUACAGGACCCAAUAUGCAGGCAAGCUGAAGGAGCAGCCCACAAGACCCACCUGCAGGACCCGUUUGCAGGCAAUGCUGGGACGGGGGAAUGGAGAAUCCUCAAGAAAGAAGGAAGAAGAGGAAGUACAGAGCAGGCACAGACUGAUUCCUGUUGGAAGAAAGAUUUACGAGUUCUACAAUGCUCCCAUCGUCAAAUUUUGGUUUUACACACUGGCAUAUAUAGGCUACUUAAUGCUGUUCAAUUACAUAGUGUUAGUGAAGAUGGAUCGCUGGCCAUCGACACAGGAAUGGAUUGUCAUCUCGUACAUUUUCACUCUGGGAAUAGAGAAGAUGAGAGAGAUACUGAUGUCAGAGCCUGGAAAAUUGUUACAAAAAGUGAAAGUUUGGCUGCAGGAGUACUGGAAUGUUACAGAUCUCAUAGCUAUCCUCCUGUUCUCUGUUGGGAUGGUCCUCCGUUUGCAAGAUCUGCCACUUCGGAGCGAUGGCCGGGUGAUAUACUGUGUGAACAUCAUUUACUGGUACAUACGGCUACUAGACAUCUUUGGAGUAAACAAGUACUUGGGACCGUAUGUUAUGAUGAUUGGAAAAAUGAUGAUAGAUAUGAUGUAUUUUGUCAUCAUCAUGUUGGUGGUUCUGAUGAGCUUCGGUGUUGCAAGACAAGCCAUUCUCUUCCCCAAUGAGGAGCCGUCAUGGAAGCUGGCAAAAAACAUUUUUUACAUGCCUUAUUGGAUGAUCUAUGGGGAAGUGUUUGCAGACCAGAUAGACCGUAAGCAAGUUUAUGAUUCUCAUACACCAAAGUCAGCUCCUUGUGGUCAAAAUGAAACUAGAGAAGAUGGCAAGAUAAUCCAGCUGCCUCCUUGCAAGACAGGAGCAUGGAUCGUUCCUGCCAUCAUGGCCUGUUACCUCUUGGUUGCAAACAUCCUUUUGGUGAACCUCCUGAUUGCUGUUUUCAACAAUACGUUUUUUGAAGUCAAAUCUAUAUCCAACCAAGUAUGGAAGUUUCAAAGGUAUCAGCUAAUCAUGACGUUUCAUGAAAGGCCAGUUCUCCCACCACCUCUGAUCAUUUUCAGCCAUAUGACUAUGAUAUUCCAGCACCUCUGCUGUAGAUGGCGGAAACACGAAAGCGACCCAGAUGAGAGAGACUACGGAUUAAAACUUUUCAUAACUGAGGAUGAAUUGAAAAAAGUCCAUGAUUUUGAAGAGCAGUGCAUAGAAGAAUAUUUUAGAGAGAAGGAUGACAGAUUCAAUUCUUCCAAUGAUGAAAGAAUCCGUGUCACUUCAGAAAGGGUGGAGAAUAUGGCCAUGCGACUGGAAGAAGUAAAUGAGCGCGAGCACUGCAUGAAGGCCUCUCUGCAGACCGUUGACAUCAGACUUGCUCAGCUGGAAGAUAUGAUAGGAAGAAUGGUGACAGCAUUAGAAAAACUGACUGGCAUAGAGAGAGGAGAGACAACCAAGAUACGAUCCAGGACUUCAUCUGACUGUACCGAUGCAGCCUAUAUUGUAAGGCAGAGUAGCUUCAAUAGUCAAGAAGGAAAUGCUUACAAGCUGCAAGAGAGCAUAGAUCCGACAGGGGAAGAGUCCAUGUCCCCAACCUCUCCUACAAUUACACCUCGCAUGCGAAGCCACUCUUUCUAUGCAACGAAUAUGAAGGACAAGUGUGGGUUGGAAAAGUUUGAAAGCAUUUUCAAGGAAAGAUCUCCAAGCCUGCACCGGGCUAGCAGUUCCCACUCAAUAGCAAAAGAAGGAAAGAUUCCCUUAGCCCCUACCAGCGCUUUGUCAAUUGCCCCAGACUCCAGAAGGCCUUCAUCUUGUAUAGAUAUCUACGUUUCUGCAAUGGAUGAGAUGCAUUCUGAUACAGAGCCUCUUGAUAGUUCCAUAAAUAUUCUUGGUACUGGAGAUGUAGCUCUGCAGGCACACAUAGCCUCUUCCAUUUUAGCCAACAGUGCAUAUAUUAGCAGUACACCUGGUGAAAAAAUUUCUGGCAGGAGUCUUGAUUAUGAGGAAACAUCCGGUAUAGAAACAAGAGCAUUUUCUUCAGACUACUCACAAAUCACAGACUGCCAAAUCCCCUGGGAUUCAGACCCUCCCUUGUACCACACUUUAGAGCGAUCUAAGAGCAGUCGUUAUCUGGCUACAACUCCAUUUAUUCUGGAGGAAACACCAAUUGUGAAAUCUCACAGUUUUAUGUUCUCUCCAUCUCGAAGUUACUUCAGCAGCCUUGGCGUACCAGUCAAAACAGCAGAAUACACAAGUAUUACAGACUGCAUAGACACGAGGUGUGUGAGUGCUCCUCAGACCAUUGCAGAGAGGGCAAGUUUCCCUGGAAGUCUCGGCAUCAAGGUGGAAGACUUGGGAUGCUGCCACCCAGAGAGAGAAGCAGAAUUAAGCCACCCAAGCUCUGAUCAUGAGGAUACUGAGGCCAGGGACAAGAAGGGGCUUCCCCUAUCUCCUCAAGACAGCAGUGCCACAAGAACUCUGACCAACAGCAUCCCGCUUCCAAAAAUAGAGCGGGCUAACAGCUACUCUGCAGAAGAGUCCAACAUGCUGUAUGCACAGCACACAAGGAAGAGCUACUCAAUCAGUGAUAAACUUGACAGACAGCGAAAUGCAACAAGCUUGCGAAACCCCUUCCAGAGGAGUAAGUCCUCAAGGCCAGAGAGCAGAGGGGACAACCUGUCCAUGAGGAGACUAUCAAGAACAGGAGCAUUCCGCAGCUUUGAAAGCAAGCACAGCUAGGCCUAGACAAAUCUUGCAGGCAGUCAAAAGGUCAUCUGCUCUUCAAUCCAUUUUCCUUAGCAAAAUUACCAUGCUUCAUAUUAACA